AGCGGUGAUGUCACGAGAGCGGCCCGUGUUCGUUCCAGCUGACUCUUGCCGCGCUCGGUUGCUUCCUUGCUCGUAGCCUACAGAAAGGCAGGGAAAGAAGGUAAACGACAAAAAUAACGAGAGCGAAAGACGGAGGGAGCGACAUCGACUAAGUAGGGAGAGGAAAAACAAGAGACCUCAACACCUAUCCUACUCAUGUUGGAUAUUAUUUGACGAAUACUUUUUUUCCCCCUCGUAUCACCCCCCGCCCACACGUAUUUUCUCUAUUAUUGGAUUUCCAGGUAUCGCUCCAUAAUCCAUUUUACUCCAUGGACAACCCUCAGGUUUGUUUUAUUUUUGUCCAGGUCAAGAAGAAAAUCAACUCGGUUUGAUGCCUAUUAUCCUCAAUUAAACGGACAUCAUCAAGCAAGGCAUUUUGGCGAUAUCUGAGCGCUGACGUGCAACUUUGUUUAUCUCAUAGAUAGAGGCAGGGAUAAGUGAUUAACUCUUAAAGGGCACAUUGCAUCUGUUAAGGAUAUUGAAUAGGAACACAUUUUACCAUGAACAUAUUUUUGAGGACAUCAUUUUCACUUUUGAUUUUCUCAUGGAAAGUUGGAAGAGCAAUAGCAAUAGUUUAUUGUUGAUAUCAAGUUAUAUUUGUCAUGUCGAAUUUUACUAUUAUUCUCUAGCACUUAAUGCAUAUUUAGAUAGGCUAACAUUUGGUGUUCGAAUGAGGUAAAUAACAGUCGGUCUAGCAGUGUGUUUUCAGCUGCCCACCUGUCCACCUUUUUAAUCGUCACGUCACUGUGUUGUGAACCCGCUGACAGCCAGUCAAUCGUUUUGUGGAUUAAUCGGAUAAAUUCCGCGCUCAUUCCACCGUGGGAAUCAACCACCAUCCCAAUCAUGUCUAGGCCGCUCACACAGCUCCUACCGCCUGACCUCCCGGCUGGAGCGAGCCCACAGUUCGGCACGGGUAACCUUGCGGGCAGUGUCCCGACCGGUGGACACUUGAACUCCAUGGCCAGCCUCAAGACUCUCCUACAGCUGCCCAUCAAGGUUGACCAGCGAGCGAAAGACUGCUGUGCAAUGAAAGAUAAAGACAAGCCCCAGGACUCAGACGAGGACUCCAUGGGUGGGGUUCCAGGUGGCCGGCCUUCCCAGUCGGCCUUCCUGGGGCCCCAUUUGUGGGAGCGCACGCUGCCCUGCAGCGACGGGGGCCUCUUCCAGCUGCAGUACAUGGACCUGGAGGAGUUCCUGACUGAGAACGGCAUGGCCAUGCACAACAAAGGUGGCAACGGCUCCAGCGCCAGCGCCCAGGUGCCCUCACAGAGUUCCCUGCAGUCGGCCGUGCCCAACCAGAGCUCCCAGUGCCCGCCGUCAUCCCCUCCGCCAUGUUCGUCUUCAUCGUCCUCCAUGUCCUCCUCCUCAUCCUCCUCCUCGCUGCUGGGCCUGGACAAUGUGCCGCUGCCACCAAACGGACUGCCAGGCAUGAUGGGAGGGCCCGAGUGCCUACAUGGUGGCCAAGUUGGGCCUCCUGACCUCUCGCCCUCCUCCACCACCACUUCUCCCUGUCCCCCCGGGCCUCCAGGGGGCCCGCCGGUCACCAGCGGCACUGCUGACGUCAUGGUGAACUUUGACCCGGACCCGGCGGACGUGGCGCUGUCCAGCGUGCCGGGCCAGGAGGCCUUCGACCCCCGAAGGCACCGCUUCUCGGACGAGGAGCUCAAGCCACAGCCCAUGAUCAAGAAGGCACGCAAGAUGCUGGUGCCAGACGAGCAGAAGGACGACAAGUACUGGAGCCGGCGCUACAAGAACAACGAGGCUGCCAAGCGCUCACGUGACGCCCGGCGCCUUAAGGAGAACCAGAUCACCGUGCGCGCCGCCUUCCUGGAGCGAGAGAACGCUGCUCUCAGACAGGAGGUGGCCGACAUGCGCAAGGAGCUGGGCCGCUGCCGCAACAUCCUCAACAAGUUUGAGAGUCGACACGGAGACUUGUGAGGAAGAGGAGGGAGGUGGUGGUGGAGGAGGAGAGAGGGGUAUAAGGCAGUGGCAGCACUUUAUUUGAUGGGGUGCGCGUACGGCCUACGUAGACGUGACAUAAGCAUCGUAUGACACCUGGCGUAAGCAUCCAUGUUGCGAGUAGCCUGCAGUGUUGUAAUGAGUGCAGCCUCCAUUUAGUGAUUCUGUGCUAUGCUGGUUUCACUUCCCGUGUCUCUUUGACGGGUAUUGUCACUUGGGCGUCACGACGUCAUUCAGUGUUUUAUAUCAGGUGCGUUGCAGUGUUUUUCCGGUUAAUGCGCAGGCCAUACGUGCACCCGUUCAAAUGAGGUGUUCAAAUCAUACAGAUCACAAGAUAACUAAUGUUUUUAAGCUAUAGACAAGGAGACAAGCCAGGGGAAGACAGGUGUGUACUUUAUUUCUAUGACAAAACGUGUAUAUUUUUUAACUGUACUGGGCAGGGAGGGAGACAUGGGCAAACUAGGAAACAGAGGAUGAGCUACAGUAUAACUAGAAGAGGAAGAUUAGGAGAGGUGGUUCAGGACAGAAGAAAGCAAAGAGAUUUUAACAUAACUGUAUAUUUUUAUAUUUGCAAAGAUGGACAGUUCAGAGGAGAUUUUGGAAAUAAUAUUUUGUAUAUUUUAUAUAUGGGUGUGUUUAGUAUAGAGAUGGGGGCUAUUGGUAAAUGGAUUGGUAAAGGAUAUAUUUUGAACUCGUUAAGAUAGAGGGGUCAGAGGUCAUAAUAGAGAAUGUAUAAUGGUUGUAUCCAGGGAUAACAUGAUGGCAAGAGAGGAUAAUUAUCUUAGUAAAUGUUUGUGGAGAUAGACAGAUCGAAGAUGAAACAAACAUUGUAUAGUUUUAAUUUUGUUCUGUUGGGUUCGUUGAAGCACUUAAAGGGAAUUCUCAAAAAUGUUCACUUCAUGUUCAUCAUCUCCAGUACCAUUAACAUGUGAAAAUGGGGCAUUUAUGUUUUGUAGUAAAAAAGAUGUUUCCAAUGAAUUCAUCAA